AGUGAUCUGUGAUUAUCAGUGAAGUUUAUUGAAUAUUUAAAUUAAUUUUAUUUAAUUUAAUAAUUGUAAAUUGAAUUCACAGCGCUAAGCACGUGCACGUAUACAAAUUGCUUUUAUAAAUUUAUUAUGAAGUGAAAUUAGUAAUUUGUGAAAAUUGUGCACCUUACAGUGAUGUUAGAGGUUUAAACUAAAUUUGAAAAUGAACAACAGAAUGCCAUUGGAAAAAAGCAUAGGAAUUUGGAUUUCAGAUAAAAAAAGCCACAAGCUAAACUGGAAAGAGUUGACUGAUACUUGCCAUGCUCAUGGAUUCAAUCUCAUUAAGUUGGUAUUGGAGAGACCUUUUGAAGAUCAAGGUAGAAUAGAUGUAUUUCUACACAAACUUACUGACAUAAUAGCAGCUGCAGACCAAGGUGAUGUGAAGGCAUCAAACAAGAUAAGAAGAGUGGAGCAGUAUCUAUCUAACAAUCCAAAUGUAAUAACAAUUGACCCCUUAGAAAAUGUGAGAAUUUUAAUAAACCGAUACCGCUAUUACACAAUACUGCAAGAAGAAAUAUCAUUCCAAUGUCAGGGUAUAUUCACACCAGCGUUCGCGAAGUUCUCAACAAAUAAUAUAGAGCAAAACAUGGAGAUUAUGAGACAGAGGGGAGUGAGAUUCCCUGUUAUAUGCAAACCGACUAUCGCUCAUGGUUCCAAGUCGGCACAUGAAAUGGUACUGAUCUUCAAUGAGAGAGGAUUGCAAGUUUGCAAGGCACCAUGCGUCGUACAAAGUUUUGUAAACCAUAAUGCAGUACUACAUAAGGUGUUUGUAGUUGGAAAUAGGUACAACAUUUGCGAGCGGCCAAGUUUGAAAAACUUCUACGCAUCGGACGACUUGGAGCCGAUUUACUUCAGAACCGGCGAAGUAUGCAAAGCGGAUAGCCAAUCCACGUUGUCCAUUCUAGACCCGCACGACAAGGCCGAAAUUAAAAUGACCCUUAACGAGGACAAAAUAAAGUCGAUUAUCCGAGUGCUGAGAAAGAAGAUCGGCUUAAAUCUUCUGGGUUUCGACGUGGUCAUAGACAACACAACAGGUAACCACGCUGUUAUUGAUAUCAAUUUGUUUCCCAGUUACGAUGUUUUUCCUAAUAUUUUUGAGCAUCUAUUAGAAUGUAUUAAUGAUAUUGUAAGUACGAGUAAAUCUAACAAUGGUACUUUAGAUGGUAAAUUAGCGGAUAGUGUAGCUGGUAAUAAUAAGUUAAACGGUUUGAUAAAUGUGAGCGAAACUCAUGCUAACUAUAAAGUUUUGGGAAUGAAUAUUAUAAACUAAUCUUUUUGAAUAUUGAUAUACCUGUUUAAAAUUUUAUAUCCAUAUCUAAUAUUUAAUGGUUAUCCAUAAAUUACAUACCUAUGCAAGUUUGAGGUUCUUUAAGCCUAAAUCUCAAGGCAGUUCCUUCAGGUACUGGAGGAUCUAAAGGAGAUCCUGUACAUGAUUACCUAAAGACAAAGUCUUUGAAUAGCCUAUGAAGACCUGAGACAUGUAUUAAAAUUCUACUCUUAUAAGACGGAUUGGCCUUGGUUGUAGUUGGUAAGGCGUUACACAGGCGCGUUUAUGUAUACUGAAGGAGUGAUAAGAAAGCAGAAUAGUUACUUAUGCCAAUGUCAUUGUAGCACGAGUGAUUCGGCUAAGCUUCAUUGUACAAUAGAAAUCACGAGUGCUGUAAUAGCUAGUUACGUGCAGUGGCAUACAAUACUUUCUCUUUAAAAUAAAUAAAAGAAUUAACAAAACUUGGUAAAUAAUAUAUAAAUUUAGUCGCGGGGUGGUCUCCUAGAUGUUGUCUAUUAUACGGAAGCCCAGUGGAUAUGACCUCUGCCUCCAAUUCCGGAGACUGCGGGUUCAAAUCCGGUCCGGGGCAUGCACGUCCAACUUUUCAGUUGUGUGCAUUUUAAGAAAUUAAAUAUCACAUGUCUCAAACGGUGAAGGACAAACAUCGUGAGGAAACCUGCAUACCAGAGAAUUAUCUUUAUUCUCUGCGUGUGUGAAGUCUGCCAAUCCGCAUUGGGCCAGCGUGGUGGACUAUUGGCCUAACCCCUCUCAUUCUGAAAGGAGACUCGAGCUCAGCAGUGAGCCGAAUAUGGGUUGAUACGGAAGCCUGAAUUUUUGUAGCCAAUGCAUAGCAAGCUUUACUUGUGUUGUAAUAAAAUUACCAAACGACCUGUAGCUUUGUGAUAUGGUUUGCGGUUUUAUAUUGAUCAGAUUACGAAAUCGAAGUAGAAAAACAUGUUUAUAAGUUAUUUCUGUGAGAGGUUGACAACAGACAGUUUGGUAAAUGGGUUUUUGUGUCACACGCCACUACAUCCAGAGCCAAAGCUUCUAAUAGAUGGACUAUACAUAAAAAAGCAAUUUGUGAUAUAAUGUAUUGUAUAUCUGCGUUAACUUUGUAAUCAAAAUUAUUACUUAAGUAACCUAAGUAACAACAUAAACGGGCGUUUGCAGAUUCGCAUCGUACAUAUCGGAUGCAUCGCAUUAAACGGAUUUUUAACCGACUUUCAAAAAAGGAGGAGGUUCUCAAUUCGUCGGAUUUUUUUUUAUUUUCGGUAGAUUCGUGUGAUUCGUACGAUGCGGAUCACUUGUUUUACUUUCUAUACAAAAAAUACUAAAAUCCGUUAUCGUAAUACGUCCGAUGCGGAUUUGUGGACGCCUGCCUCCAUUUAUAUUAUUAAGGGCCAUUCACCACCCUAAUAAAUGUCUAACCGUAAGUUUUGUCACUUUCUUACUUUAUGUCAAAUGACAAAGACAAAACUAUACGAAAAUGAGCUAUCCCUCACGUUGGUGAAACCGACCCUUAAAGUUGUAUAACGGCAAACGUAUUAUUCGAAUGAAACUAGGCCUGUAGCUCAUGUGGCACAUGGAUUCUCAUUCUACAAACGCUAACGCUUCGAUAACUGACAAAAUGUAUGAGAUUGAUAGAUAAGAUCGACAACUUGGUCACAUGACCUGUCGAUAGUGAAUGCCAUUCCCAUACAUUUAUUAUUUUCGAAGCGUUAGCGUUUGUAGAAAGAGAAUCGACGUGCCACGUAACUAAAGGCCCUGGUAUUACAUGAAUGUAACUAUUAUGGUUGGCAAACUUCUUGAGAAAAUGACCUUGACUGCUAAUUUUAUUUUUACUUACGAAUUACUUACUUGCUAUUAGAACCUGGGCCUCUAGCCAUGAUAAAUAUCGAUUCUCUUUCUACGAGAUAAACGCUAACGCUUUGAUAACUUGAAAAUUGUAUAGAAAUUAAUUAGUUAGAUCACUAGACCUAUCAAUACUGAAUGUCAUUCCCAUGCAUUUUUAGUCUUUGAAGUUCUUACAAACUCUAAAAAACUAAAAAAAUGUAUGGGAAUGAUAGAUCCCAUAGUCUGGUAGAUCACGUGACCUGUCGAUAAGAAUUGUCAUUCCCAUAAAGCGUUUGCGAUUUUAGAAAAAGAAUCGACGUGCUACUUUGUGCUACAGGCCUUGACGUACAAUCGCGCGUAAUUUGUAGAUCCCUCGAAUAUACUUGCUUGCAGUGAAAAGGUACAUUUUGCUAUUAGUAAUUUCUUUGUUAAUUUAAUCUGUAUUUUAGGCAUAGGUAGGUAGGUAAGCUCUAUAUCUCUCGGGUAUGACCUCAGCCUUCGAUUCGGAGGGCGUAGGUACGAAUCUAGUCCGGGAUAUGCACCUCCAACUUUUCAGUUAUGUGCAUUUUAAGAAAUUAAAUAUCACUUCUCCCUAACGGUGAAGUAAAAACACUGUGAAAAAACUUGCAUACCUGGGAAUUUUCUUAAUUCUCUACGUGUGAAGUCUGCCAAUCCGCAUUGGGCCAGCGUGGUGGACUAAGGGUUAACCAUCUCAUUCUGUGAGGAUUAGACUCGUGCUUAAUAGUGAGCUGCAGUGAUUGAAUAAGGGGUUCUUAAUGAUGACUUAUGAUUAUUAUUAUUUAUUAUCCCACUACUUAAGUAUCUUGUUCAAGAAGUUUGCCUAUACCUGUACUAUUAUUAAGCAGGUACUUACGGGAUAAUUAAAUCAAUCCGAUUCAUCUAGCAUUUAAAUCGAUUAAAACGUGAACGUGAAUGAAUCAGUUAUGGGUAUCUAAUAUGAAAUAUUAAUAUAAUUAAUGAGAUUAUUGCAAUUUGACCUUUAUUGUUAUUAGUUAUUUAAGUAUGCUUAGCAAAAACAUGUAAGGAGCUGUAGUUUGGUAGAUUUUUUUCUAGUUUUAGGGUAUUUUACACACACUAGGUUAAGUUUUGUACCGAUUUUGCUAAUCGACAUUAUCGUCUUAUUUACGAAAUGAUACAUUACUGUCUAAGGCCUGUAAUCGCUAAAUUGGUUGUUUUUAGAAAAUGUAAGCCUUGUAUUUAACUGUCUAAAAGAAACCCGUUAAUUACAAGGUCGAUAGAUAUGCUAAGAUUUUUUGUUUUAAUGAAUUCGUACCACAGAAAUGUAGAAAUACAUUUUUAAUUCCGUGGUUUUCUUACGUUUUUCAAUGUUUAUUGUAUUGAUUGGUUGAAAGACAUAUUUUCGAAUGACCCAUGGGUUAUCUACCCUUAGUUUUAUAACGAGGAAUGAUUUUUUUUUGUAUGUAACAAAUAAACUGUGCGCAACCUAUUCUGCGCAUCUUUUUCACCGUGCGCUGCCACAUUAAGCGGCCUGCUGUUCCUCGGUUGCGCACCUUUCACUUUUCAGGCGUUAGUAUUGAGACGUACAUAGUGUAUGCUGCGGUGCAACAUACACCUAUUUAGACGGUCGAUCUGAAAGAGUAAACUCUAUUUGUGCGUCGGAGGUGACACACAGUUUUUUAAUUAAUUGUAUGUAUUCAAAAUAUGAUAUCUAUAUUGUCUAUAUUAUUAAUUGUGUUAUUAUUAGUUUACCAAGCAAAUCACCCUGCACUGCCUAUACUGAAACUUGUAUAGUAUACCAGACGUACCUUAACUAUGCCUUGUUUAAAAGAAGAUUAUGGCAUUUUCUUGAACAGAAAGACAUAAUUCUAUUAUAUUGAUCACAUUUUACAAGGAAAUUUCGAGUGUCGAAUCUAAACUAAGUUCAGAUAGACCUAAUCGAGCUUUGAUUACGCUGUCAAUAGUUAAGGAAAAAUAAAAACUAUAGAUAUAAAAUAUUGCAUAAGUUUUUUAAGGCGCUGGAAGCUGCGCCACUAGAGUUUUUAAGCAAUGUAACGUAAGCCCUCAUUCGCACGAGAGGUUUUUUAACGGACGUUAAAAAGCGCUCAGAUACAACAAAUGCAUAUCCAAGUAGGUAAAUGUUCAUACGACAGCAUUUUUAAAACUGACGCUUUUUUCGGCCAGUGCUGCAUUUUAAAUUUUGGGCGUUGGGUAGACCUUCAUUUGACUUCAUAGUAUAUUUGAACGCGUUUUAACGUCCGUUAAAAAAACUCUCGUGCGAAUGAGGGCUAAGAGUUUGUACAAUUCAGACACUAGGCUAGUUGACACUUUUUUAAUGGUCUUACAUUGUUCAUUAUCGUUCUACUAGAUUGAAAAAAAAUUAUCAUAUUUUUUUGAGACGUGAUUACAUGAAAAUUAAAUUUUUUUAAUAUUUAUUUGAUAAUUUGAGCCAAAACGCUGUCGGCCAUGAUGGUCUAUUUAUUUUAACUGUUUCGUGACGUCACGUUAACAAAUCUUUUACUAAACUGAGCGUUUUACAAAAUUAUUAGUUAACAAUUUAUUUUGACGUUUAGUUACAUCAAGUAACAUUGCGAUGUCACAAAAUGGACGACAGCUUUUUGACAGAUUAUAUUUGCAGAUUAUAAUCUAUUAUUCUUAGUAAAUACUUUUGAUCAGAGGUUGAUUAUAAUUUUUGUUUCUAUACAGAUUUCAGGCUCAAGUUUUGAAAGGAAUUAGUUUUUAAGAAUACGAUUUUUGCAUUUAAUUUUAAAAUUGUAAAUAAAUUUGUGUUGUUAUUUUCAGAUAAAUAUUGUUUUUAUUGAUUAUUUUUAUUGUGUGCUUAAUUAUUGAAUAUGUAGAAUUGUAGAAGUUACAAUAGUCAAUAGUCAAUACUAGGCCGCUAAAUUGUUUCAUGCAAUUGUAAAUCGAACAUACGAAGGAUUCUAUGAUUUAAGAAGCAACCGGUUCUAAAUAGAACCCUGAGCAUAGCGAGGUAUUCAAUAGGACAAGAUGCAAAGAAAUUCCGCCGUACGUAAUAUUCAACUUUUUAAACAAGUUAUACAAAAGUAAUUUUUUAAUCUUACCCUUUCUGGUAACUCUGUAGGUGUUAAAUUUAUAACUUCAUCUCUACUUGAAGUGAUUUACCAAAAUCUUUAAGUAUUUUGAGAAAGAAAUUUUUCAAGAGGACAAUGCUACAAUGUUUGUUCGAAAUGUGCGCCAAACUUUUCACACUGGCAGAAAAGGCAGUAUCGAGUACGCUGUAUCGAUUUACAUUUAUAAAACACAGAUUAAAGAAUAAUAGGCAGAUGGAGAGUACAGAACACGACGGUGUCGUAGCCGCUCCAAAUACAAAAUUCGAAAACGAAUACAUUCUCGAGUCGGUACGACACGAAACGUCGCAUUAGUAAUUUUCAAUAUUAUUCAAGAAAAAUGGCGUCUUAUGAUUUUAAAUAUUAAAAAAAAAGUUGUUGGUUUUUUAACCGACUUCAAAAAAGAAAAAGGUUCUCAAUUUCAUACGUAUAGUUUUUUGUUUGUUAGCGAUUAGUCAAAAUGCCCAAUGUCCGUGAAAACUUUUUUUGAGGUUAGUAAUUAUUUAAUAAAAGGUACGAGUAUUAUAUAACAUGUUAGCUAUUUUUUAUAUACUUUUAAUUUAUAUCGCGGCGUAUAUUGUAUAAAAAUGUAUUACUAAUGUUAUCAUUUAAUAAUCCAAUAACAUAUUAAUUUAUGUCAUUCCGAUAUGCAAUUGUUUUAUUGUAAUGUAAGCGAGACUGAUUUUUAUGACUACAUACCUAAUAUGUAUUGUAAUAAGUAUUAGUGAUACAAAUACUACCAAUAAUAUAAUUAUUAAUAUCUUUAUACUUGAAAAUGUUAUUAAAAUAUAUUAAUUAUCGCAUA